AUGGCGAUGGAGAAGCAGGAUCAUCAAGUGGUUGCUGGCCAGCAUCCGACGCCCAUGAAAUUUUCCCGGUACCGUUCCGUGAGAAAAGCCGCGGCGAAACAGCCACCACCACCGCCGCAAUCCUGCCCCCUGCCCCCGCCGCUGCCCAUCCCGCCUGUCGCUGCCGCGCCGCCGUCGCAUGACCAGCCAGCACUCCCCAAUGGCUCCAGCACCGUUCAGAGGAGCAUGUCGCGCUACCGUCGCAGAGCUCCUACUGCGCAAUCCGCCGAUGCCGAUGCACAACCUCCCGUCCCAGCCCCUCCCCCGGCGUAUAAAGCGCAAGCCGACGCCAGUGUCAAUGGAGGUCCUGUUCACCCGCACUUUCAGGACUCAGAGGGCGCCGAGAUGGUGCGAAUGCGAAACAAGCUUGCCAGCAAACUGGCCGCGCGGGAGAAGCGGCAACAGGAGAAACCGGAGGAUGAUGAGGCAGAGCGCGAAAGACAUCGACAGAAUGCGAUGGAUCGGCUGACAGGCGGCGAAGCGAAGUCAGUGUCUACAACUCAUUCAAAACCUGCGUCGCGCGACAGGUCAGCCGACAAAGCGGAGGAGCAUGCGGUUCGUCGUCCUCAUAAGGAAUCGCAGCAUCGGAAACCCCAAACUGGAUCCGCUUCGGCGAGUCGUCGCGCGAGCAUGGAGCCGAGGCGUCAGUCGGUCAGUGAUGCAGCCAACCCAGCGCAUCGCAGAGGAAGUGUACAUGGCGAUGCAUCAGCAGUCCCUGCGAUUGAUACUACGGUGCCCACUCAGUUCCCUGGAAUUGAUGCGCCUGUAUCGGCUGUCAAUGCGCGCGAGCGGCGGGUGCUGGUCCACUACCGGAAAUCCUCUACGCGCAUCUGCGUUACUCCCUCCACCUCCGCUCGAGACGUCGUCGCGACUGCAUUGAAGCAGAUGGAUGCCGGGGUAGACCCAGAAAAGUUCAUCCUGAUGGAGUCGUUCGCUGAGCUGGGGCUGGAACGGCCCUUGCGCCGCUACGAAUAUGUGCGGGAUGUGCUGAAUUCGUGGACUCACGACGAACAGAACACAUUGAUUGUUGUGCCUGCAGCCAGCCUGGAUGCGCUUACCCUGCUCGACGCGCGGAACGUGUCACUCGGACCACCGGCGGAUGUGACCUUCUACAUGUACUACUCGCAGCGGCCUCGCAAGUGGGAUAAACGCUAUGUGACGCUCCGGUCCGACGGCCAAGUGACGGUCUCCAAGAAGGAGAAUGCCCAAGAUCCAACCAACGCUUGCCAUCUUUCUGAUUUCGACAUCUACUCCCCUACGGCCAGCUACCUCGCGAACAAUGUCAAGCCGCCCAAAAAGUUCUGCCAGGCUGUCAAGAGCCAGCAAAAAUCCAACAUGUUCCUCUCUACGGAGAAUUUUGUCCAUUUCUUCUCGACCAAUGACCGCGAGAUCGCCGAUGGCUGGUACCGGGCCGUCCAAACCUGGCGCAGCUGGUACCUGGUGACGAAGCUGGGGGCAGGCCAGCCAGCGGAAGCAGAAGCCAUGCAGCCGGACGAGACCCCAUUCAAGCCCUUGCUGAACCCCUUUGAGGAGCCAGCCAACGAGGUAAAACCGUCGCCACCCGCGCCGGAGCGGAGCAAAUCCAUGAAGACCAAGGAACUCUUCUCGCACAAAAAGAGCACCCGCGAGCGCGGGCCUCCACCCACGUCCUUCCCCAAGCUUCUCACCGGCGAUUCCGACCUCGCGACAGGCUCAUCCUCGGAUGAAGCCCCAUUCUCAGCAUCCGGCCUUCUCGGCCGAACCUACACCAUGCGCCAACGCGCAUUGAAGGAGCGCGAAGAGCAAGAGAAACGAGACAACGAAGAACUGAUCAAACAAGGCCUGAUCGGCACCAUGGGCUCCCGCCACCCCAGCCGCACCAACACCAUGACAUCCAGUCACGGCCCAGACCCCAACCUCCCACGACGCACGCAAUCCAUGAAAAACAAACCCCUCGUCGACCUAACCCCCGUCUACCAAGAGCCCCCGCAACACAUCCGGAAAGGCCGCGGCAUCGCCGUCGAACCAGGCCUGCCCCUUAUCGACGCCGCCACGGGGCCCGAAGCCCCAGGCGGAAUUCAAAUACCCUCCGCCACCACCUGGCGACGACCGCAGGUGCCGCCUGAACCGCCCAUGCCGGAGGUCCGCACUCGCAAUCGGUCCAACACUGCCCGCAGUGUCAACAACCAACAGCGGUACCAUCAUACCGCUCCGACCACGCCAACAGACGGAGAGAAUCUGCGCAGCCAAGACGGCCCGUUCAUCCCUAACAGUCUGUUGGCACGAACUACACCGCACCAAAAUAUACAAGGAUCUCCGGUCGGCCAUGGCGUGGCAACGGGGGAUCGCAAUGCCGCGAAACCGAUGUUGGAUAUGUCGCCGGACAACCCGUUCGCAGAGGGGAGUUUGUUACGGGGAUUGUGA